AUGGCUGCUCUUUUCAACUUGGGCUUGGGCCUCGACGCCGGCGCAGCACUGCUUCUUCUCGCCGUUGCCUUUGUCAUCUACUACCUCGUCUCCUCGGCCAUCGCGUGGCACCCCCUCCGAGCGUUCCCCGGUCCCCUCGUCGGCAAGUUCUCCUACUUCUGGCUCAUAUCCAACGCGCGUUCCGGCCGCCCGGCCGAGCACUUCACCAAGCUGAACCGGCGGCACGGCCCCCUCGUGCGCAUCGGACCCAACGACCUCGUCACGGACGACCCGGACGUCAUCCGCCGCAUGAACGCGGCGCGCUCGACGUACAGCCGGUCGUCGUGGUACAAAUCGACCAAGCUGAACCCGCACGAGGACAGCAUGUUCAGCCUGCGCGAAGUCGGCGCGCACGACCGGCUCAAGGCGAAGUGCGCGGGUGGCUACGCCGGCCGGGAAAACACGGAGCUCGAGGCCGGCGUCGACUCGCAGGUCGCCAACACCGUCAGCCUCAUCCGGCGGAAGUACAUCACUACCGGGGACGCCGUGCGGCCGAUGGACUUGGGGAAGGUGGUGCAGUUCUUCACGCUGGACGCCAUCACGAGGGUCGCGUACGGCAAGGAAUUCGGGUACCUGGCGACCGACUCGGACGUGUACGACUACAUCGGCACGACGGAGGCGGUGGUCCCGUACCUGCAGCUCUGCGGCGAGGUGCCGUACAUCCAGAGGAUCGUCUUCUCAAAGUACGUGCUCGGCGCGUUUGGGCCGAAACACACGGACAAGAGCGGGCUCGGCAAGUUGAUGGGGGUUGCCAAAAACGUUGUCGCCAAGCGGUUCGAACCGGAUGCUAAGGAAGAGCGCGAUAUGCUGGGCGCCUUCGUCCGCCACGGAGUCAGCCAGGGUGAGUGCGAGACGGAGGUUCUGUUCCAGAUCAUCGCCGGCUCGGACACGACGGCCACGGCGAUCCGCACGACGAUGCUGUACACGAUGACGUCUCCGCACACGUAUCACACGCUGAAGAAGGAGAUCAACACCGCCAUUGACGAGGGCCGCAUCUCGUCGCCCAUCACCCACGAGGAGGGCAAGCAGCUGCCCUACCUUCAGGCUGUCAUCUACGAAGGCCUCCGCAUGAACGCGCCAUUCACCGGCCUCUGCGCCAAAGAGGUCCCCCCCGAAGGCGACAGCAUCGACGGGCGGUUCAUCCCGGGCGGCACGCGCAUCGCGCAGAACGUCUGGGGCACCCUGCGGCGGGCAGACGUCUUCGGCCGGGACGCGGAUCUCUUCCGGCCGGAGCGGUGGACCGAGGCGGACGCGGCGGCGCGGGACCGGAUGCUGAAGACGACGGAGCUGGCGUUCGGGCACGGUCGGUGGGGCUGCGCCGGGAAGAACGUGGCGUUCCUGGAGCUGAACAAGAUUUACGUCGAGAUCAUGGACCCGGCGAAGCCGUGGCACAGCGUCAACUUCAACUUGUUCAUGCAGGACAACUUCUGGGUCAAGGUGACCGAGACCAGGAAGUGA